CAGCUCAUUGUCCCGGCCAGCAGGCGAAGCAUGGAGGGCGACGAAGGGAGCCAGCGGGACGGCGGGCGCGUCCUUUGCCUCUUCGACGUGGACGGCACGCUGACCGGGCCCCGCCAGAAAAUCACUCCGGAAAUGGCAGAUUUUCUACAGGCUCUGCGGAAGAAGGUGAAAGUGGGUGUCGUGGGUGGCUCAGACUUUGAGAAGAUCCAGGAACAGCUGGGGGAAGACGUGAUUGAAAAAUUCGACUACGUCUUCCCCGAAAAUGGUUUGGUGGCCUACAAAGAAGGGAAACUGUUGAAGAAACAG